AUGUCGACGGAGUCAGGAGAAGAGCUCUUGGAGCAUUGGGCAGUACAAGGAUUCUCUGGAGUCGUUGCGGCUAUUGCUACAAGAAGGUUAACUCUUGUUGAAGAAUAUCAAAAGAAGAGCCACGAGAAGUGCUCGUCGGAAGCUGAAACACUUGCGGAGCAUGCGAAAUGUCUCCUCCUUUUGGAAGAAAAUGCACACAAAAAUCGCUUGAUUCAUAGAAAACGGUUGUUUGUCAGAAAAAUGCGUCGUCGAAUUGACAAAAUGGAGUCAAAAACAACGAUGGCUCCAGUGACAGAAGAAGAAAUCAAGAAAGAGAAAGAAUGGGUUGGAUCAUUCAGAUUCCGCGCGAAACGAGAAAUCAAAGUUCACACGAGGGAAAGUUACAGUUUGAAGGGGCACAAGGAGAUGACUCCAUUCGGAUUGGUGACAAAACAUUUGACAAGUGCUGUCAAACUUCUCAAACACACUGAUAAAGUAUCGAAGUGGCAGGACACAAUUGAAAGGAUCGCAAAGAAGGCAGAUGAGAUAAAAGAGCAAAAGAAGAUGGAUGAUUUCAUGCAAAGGAGAUUGAGUAUUUUCACAGAUGCAGCAUCGAAAAUGAAACAGAACAAGAAGUUGGCAAAGGAUGACAGUUUGAAGGAACUCAAUGAUUUGGAAGAAUUUAUAGAUAACGAUCAAAUCAAGGAAGUGUUGAGAAAUAAGAAGAAUACGAUGACGGAGCAAGAGAAAAUGAUGAUGGUUCCGAUGAAGAUGAUUAGAGAUGCUGCCAAAUUGAGUCUGGGAAUGACUGGCUAUAAUACGACUAAUUUCGACAGAAAGAUUGUAAGAAUCAUUAGUCCUCGAAUCAUGAGUGUCAUUCCACAAGAGGAGGAGGCUAAAAAUAAUGAGAUUGACGUGCUCUCGCCAUCACUAUUUGCUCUGCAUGAAGAUGGUUCUGGUGUUGAGAAGAAGGCGUCACUUGGGAAUCUUCUUGGAUCUCUGACUGACAACAAGGAUUCUCAAGAUUUUCUUGAUUUCAUUGUAGAGGCAACUGGAGUGAAUGAAGCAAUGGAACGAGUUGAACGCAAGAUUGGAGAGUACCGUAGAUUGAAGGAUGAUGCUAUGGGAAGAGGUCCAGAAGGUCAACCAUUGUACUUCACAAAAGAGAAUGUUACGGAGAAAUAUCCGCAUGAAGCGAAGAAUAUUGAUAUGUUUGAAGCAUUGGAUCAGACUUAUUCAGACGAGCAAUUGAAGGAAAUGAACAGAACUGGAUAUACAAUUAUGAGACACGAUCAGAUGGAUUUGAUUUAUGGAAAAGGUUCAGUCGGGGAGAAUGAAAAGUUUUUGAAGACAGCAAAGGCAUUGACGAGACCACAAAUUGAUAGAGCGAUCAUGACAACGAUCAAGGAUUUGGCUCAUGAAAAAGUGAAGUUCGAGGCGAGAAGAAAUGAUAUCGUCCUGUCGCCGAUCACGUUUUCAAACUUCAUUCUCGACCCAGUGUCAGUCUCCCAACCAACCAUCCUUUCCCCUGUCAUGCUGUGCUCUCUUAUUCUCUCUCCAGCCAUCUAUGGAGUGAUGAUCAUGUCACCAUGGCUCAUGGUCCCUGUCAUCAUCUCUCCACGUAUUCUGUCACCAGUAGUUGUUAACCCAUUCUUGAUGGUUCCUAUCAUCAUCUCUCCUCUUGCUUUCAAUCCGUUCAUUUUAUGUCCGGGAUCCAUGAAUCCAUUUGUUCUCUCUCCCCUAGUCUUCGCCCCGUUCAUUCUCUCCCCUCAAGUUCUCACUCCAUUGAUUCUAACACCUUUCUGUCUCGGUCCAAUCAUUCUGAAUCCAUUGGCUCUGAGUCCUUUAGUUCUCUCUCCAUUCGUACUCUCUCCAACAAUUCUCUCUCCUCAAUAUGUCACGGCAGUUGUCCUUUCUCCAUAUGCAUUGAGUCCAGCAUGGGGAUCCGAUGGAGCCAUGGUUACGGUAUUUGCCUCUCCAAGUUGGCUAUCUUAA